AUGCCGGAGCUCACUCGGGACGGGCUGGGGUUGUCCUGGCAACGAGGGAUCUGUUUGGGUCCAGGAGAGAGGGAGUCAGGACCCCAGAAGGAGCUGUCCGGAGAGCUGCCGCACCCAAAAGACACGGCUAAUAGUUUGCACGUGAGCUCUUACAUCUUAAACGUGAGUCUGGAGGAGGUUUUUGAAGCUGUGUUUACAGCUGUGGCUCUGGAGGAGGUUUUUGAAGCUGUGUUUACAGCUGUGGCUCUGGAGGAGGUUUUUGAAGCUGUGUUUACAGCUGUGGCUCUGGAGGAGGUUUUUGAAGCUGUGUUUACAGCUGUGGCUCUGGAGGAGGUUUUUGAAGCUGUGUUUACAGCUGUGGCUCUGGAGGAGUCAGAGUCUGUGACGGGCCUCCUCUGGGGCCUCAACUGGGGCCUCAUCUGGGGCCUCCUCUGGGGCCUCAACUGGGGCCUCAUCUGGGGCCUCCUCUGGGGCCUCAACUGGGGCCUCAUCUGGGGCCUCCUCUGGGGCCUCAACUGGGGCCUCAUCUGGGGCCUCCUCUGGGGCCUCAACUGGGGCCUCCUCUGA